CCUCAGGAAUAAUAAUAGGGGGAGGAGAGGGAUGGAGGAGUAAAGUGGGUCGGGAAGAUUGUUCCUUACUAGGGAGAUGCUGACCUGAAUGAACUUGUGGUGACAGCACCCACUGGCAUAACUUUUCUCUUUGCUUUGGUGCUUUGCAGGGGCCUGCAGAAGAAGGCUAUUAUGAGGCUCUUUUCUGAUUCUCCCAACUGAAAAGUAGAAUUCCUGUUGAAAAGAUUAGGUCUGAAAGGAUGUGGUGUAAUCCCAAUGGUUUUGUGGAUAAUGUGGAUGCAAGUGAUCUUAAGCAGUUUUUUGAGACCAACUAUUCUCAGAUAUAUUUCAUCUUCUAUGAAAACUUUAUAACACUGGAAAAUAGUUUGAAACUAAAAGGAAAUAAUAAGUCACAACGGGAGGAGCUGGACUCUAUCCUUUUUCUUUUUGAAAAAAUACUGCAGUUUCUACCUGAACGAAUUUUCUAUCGAUGGCAUUACCAGAGUAUAGGUUCAACUUUAAAGAAGCUUCUACACACUGGAAAUUCUAUUAAGAUAAGAUGUGAAGGAAUCAGGCUAUUUCUUUUGUGGCUUCAAGCACUGCAGACAAACUGCGCAGAAGAACAGGUGCUGAUUUUUGCUUGCCUUGUGCCGGGUUUCCCAGCAAUCAUAUCAUCCAAAGGCCCCUGUACGCUGGAGACACUCAUCAAUCCUAGCCCUAGUGUAGCUGAUGCAAAGAUAUAUCCAGAGGAAAUCUCUCCACUCUUGCCCACUGUAUCAGGGGAAAAGAUCCCUGAGGACCAAACAUGCUUUUUCCUUCAAAUACUGUUGAAAUAUAUGGUUAUUCAGGCUGCAAGCUUGGAGUGGAAGAAUAGGGAGAAUCAAGAUACUGGUUUCAAAUUUCUUUUUACAUUGUUUCGAAAGUAUUAUCUUCCUCAUUUAUUUCCAUCAUUUACUAAAUUAACAAACAUCUACAAACCUGUACUUGAUAUCCCUCAUUUCAGACCAAAGCCAGUGUACAUUACUACAACUCGAGACAAUGAAAACAUUUACAGUACAAAAAUUCCUUACAUGGCAGCUCGUGUUGUUUUUAUUAAGUGGAUUGUAACUUUCUUUUUGGAAAAAAAGUAUCUAACUGCAGCACAGAACACUAAAAAUGGAGUUGAUGUAUUGCCUAAAAUCAUACAGACGGUUGGUAGUGGUUCAGUGCAAGAGAGGGCACCAGAGCUGGAUGAUAGUGGACCUGCGGAGCAGGACAAAAACCAUUCUAACAGCAGCACCUUGUCCGACCGAAGACUCAGCAACUCCAGCCUUUGUAGCAUUGAAGAAGAGCACCGAAGUGUGUAUGAAAUGGUACAGCGGAUUCUCUUGUCAACACGAGGUUAUGUCAAUUUUGUGAAUGAAGUUUUUCGCCAGGCCUUCCUGUUGCCUUCCUGUGACAUAGCUGUAACAAGAAAAGUGGUUCAAGUGUACAGAAAGUGGAUCCUCCAGGACAAACCUGUGUUCAUGGAGGAACCGGAUAAAAAAGAUGUUGCCCAAGAAGAUGCUGAGAAAUUAGGUUUUUCGGAGACUGAUAGCAAGGAGACUUCUUCUGAAAGUUUCGGUCAUAAACGCUCUUCUAGUUGGGGACGAACAUACUCUUUCACCAGUGCAGUGAGCAGAGGCUGUGUGACCGAAGAGGAAAAUAAGAAUGUGAAAGCUGGGGCACAGGCGAUGUUGCAGGUAUUUUUGACAAAUGCUGCAAACGUCUUUUUGCUGGAGCCUUGUGCUGAAGUCCCUAUGCUCUUGAAAGAACAAGUUGAUGCUUGUAAAGCUGUUUUGAUUAUUUUUAGGCGCAUGAUAAUGGAGCUUACAAUGAAUAAAAAGACAUGGGAACAGAUGUUGCAAAUACUACUCAGGAUAACAGAAGCUGUCAUGCAGAAGCCAAAGGAUAAACAAAUAAAGGACUUGUUUGCCCAGAGCUUGGCAGGGUUACUGUUCAGGACUCUCAUCGUGGCUUGGAUCCGAGCAAACCUCUGUGUGUACAUUUCACGAGAACUCUGGGAUGACUUUCUUGGUGUGCUGUCCUCCCUUACGGAAUGGGAGGAACUCAUAAAUGAGUGGGCCAACAUUAUGGACUCUCUGACUGCAGUGCUCGCAAGAACUGUGUAUGGAGUGGAGAUGACAAAUCUACCUCUGGACAAAUUAAGUGAACAAAAGGAAAGGAAGCAACGAGGCAAAGGUUGUGUUCUGGAUUCUCAGAAAGGGACUACUGUGGGGAGAUCCUUUUCUCUCAGCUGGCGGAGCCACCCAGAUAUGACUGAGCCCAUGAGAUUUAGGAGUGCCACCACAUCUGGGGCACCGGGAGUUGAGAAAGCAAGAAAUAUUGUUCGACAAAAAGCCACUGCUAAGCGAAGCCAGUCUAUCAGCAACUGUGUCCACCUUUCUGAGGCUUUGCCUGCCACUAAAAGCGUCCCGCUCCUCCUCCACACCGUGAGCGCUCUCUUACCUGGUCUCUCUUACUCUUCUUGCUCUCACAGGCUGUCAGAAGUGGAAGAAUGUCAGCAGUCAGAAAAUGCAUCUGCAGUCGAAUCUGGCUGCCUGGUGGCAGAACAGCAGCAGAUCCUGCGGAGCAGCAGCACACCAGAUGUCACUGAGCCCCUGCGCGCAGAUUCUUCUCAAGGUCAAAAGAUAGAAAAUGCACAAAUUUUGAGUUCUUCAGAACCCAAGCCUAUUCAAGAGAAUAAAGGACAUCUGAAGAAAGAACAUGAAGGAAUAACAAUCUUAGUUCGAAGAAGCAGUAGCCCUGCUGAAUUGGAUUUAAAAGAUGAUUUGCAGCAGACACAAGGAAAAUGUAGGGAAAGACAAAAGAGUGAAAGCGUCAGCAGCGACACAGUUCUGGGCUAUAACAGUGAGGCAGAGCUGGCCAUGAACCCUUGGCAGACCUGUGAGGAAGACCCAGAACUGAACACUCCCACAGAUGUUGUGACUGACUCUGAUGCUCGCCAUUGGUUACAGCUCAGUCCCACUGACACUUCAAACUUAACAGAUAGCAGCGAAUGCCUCACCGAUGACUGUAGUAUCAUUGCUGGGGGGAACCUCACUGGUUGGCACCCAGAUUCUGCUGCUGUGCUAUGGAGAAGAGUCUUGGGAAUCCUUGGAGAUGUGAAUAAUAUCCAGUCACCGAAGAUCCAUGCCAAAGUUUUUGGCUACCUCUAUGAACUGUGGUACAAACUAGCAAAGAUACGGGAUAAUCUAGCAGUAAGCCUGGAUAACCAGACUUCUCCAUCUCCUCCGGUCCUGAUCCCACCACUCAGAAUGUUUGCAUCAUGGCUAUUUAAGGCGACGACAUUGCCAAAUGAAUAUAAAGAAGGCAAACUGCAGGCCUACAAACUAAUCUGUGCCAUGAUGACCAGACGCCAGGACGUGCUGCCAAACUCGGACUUCCUGGUGCAUUUUUACCUUGUGAUGCACCUGGGAUUAACCAGUGAGGAUCAGGAUAUCUUAAAUACCAUCAUAAGACACUGUCCACCCCGAUUUUUUUCCCUGGGUUUGCCUGGCUUCUCAAUGCUGGUGGGGGACUUCAUCACUGGUGCUGCCAGGGUCCUCAGUACAGACAUGCUGGCGGCACCUCGUUCAGAAGCUCUCACCAUUCUGGGUUCUCUUGUCUGCUUUCCAAACACCUACCGGGAGAUCCCUUUACUUCAGUCAGUGCCAGAAGUUAAUGAGGUCAUUACAGGAACCGAAGAUGUCAAGCAUUACCUCAUAAAUAUUUUACUGAAGAAUGCCACAGAGGAACCAAAUGAAUGUGCAAGAUGCAUUGCCAUUUGCUCCCUUGGUGUCUGGAUAUGUGAAGAACUUGCACAGUGUACAAGCCAUCCUCAACUGAAAGAAGCUGUCAAUGUGAUAGGUGUUACUUUGAAGUUUCCAAACAAGAUUGUGGCUCAGGUAGCUUGUGAUGUUCUUCAGUUGCUAGUUUCCUACUGGGAAAAGCUUCAGAUGUUUGAAACCUCCCUGCCUCAGAAAAUUGCAGAGAUUCUUGUGGCCACAAUUGCUUUUCUUUUACCAAGUGCAGAGUACUCCUCAGUGGAAACAGAUAAGAAGUUUAUUGUGUCCUUGCUACUCUGCCUCUUGGAUUGGUGCAUGGCAUUGCCAGUGAGUGCCCUUCUCCACCCAGUGUCCACGGCGGCCUUGGAGGAACAUCACUCACCCCGAGCCCCCUUACUGGAUUAUAUCUACAGGGUUCUACACUGUUGUGUUUGUGGUUCAAGUACAUACACACAACAGAGUCACUAUACGCUGACCCUGGCUGAUCUGUCGUCCUCAGAUUACGACCCCUUCCUGCCACUGGCAAAUGUGAAAAAUUCUGAGCCACUUCAAUAUCAUUCAUCAGCAGAUCUGGGCAACCUACUUACUGUUGAAGAGGAGAGGAAGAGAAGAAGUCUAGAGCUGAUCCCUCUGACUGCCCGAAUGGUCAUGGCUCACCUGGUGAACCACCUGGGCCACUUCCCUCUCCGCAGAGGCCCUGCCGUGCUGCACAGCCUGGUCAGCGAGAACCAUGACAAUGCACACGCGGAAGCCACUGAGCUGUCCUCAGAGGUGUUCCGGAGUCCAAACCUGCAGCUGUUUGUUUUUAAUGACAGCACCCUCAUCUCCUACCUUCAGACACCCACAGAAAGACCCGCAGACAGGUCACCAGUGGGUGCCCUCUCUAAUGUAAGAGUAAUUGUGAGGGAUAUCUCAGGGAAAUACUCUUGGGAUGGGAAGGUUUUAUAUGGACCUUUGGAAGGGUGCUUAGGCCCCAAUGGCAGGAAUCCAUAUCUGAUUUCGGGCUGGCAUCAUCAAACAUUUGGACCUCAGAAAGAUAUUUCUCAUAUUGAAGAGGGAGAUGAUGUCCUUGACAAAUUACUUGAAAACAUUGGCCAUACAAGUCCUGAAUGUCUUUUACCAUCACAAUUAAAUCUAAAUGAACCUUCCCCACCCCCAUGUGGAAUGAACUGUGAUCAAGAGAAAGAAAUCAUCAAGGUCAUUUUGCGUCAGAAUGCACAAGAAAACGAGUACGUUCAGAGGUGUAGUUCCGAUUCAGCCAUGAAAGUCACUAGCCAGGAGCAGCCCACGCCAGUGGAGCCCCAAGGACCCUUUUACUUCUGCAGGUUGUUGCUGGAUGACUUGGGAAUGAAUUCUUGGGACAGAAGGAAAAAUUUCCAUCUGCUGAAGAAAAAUUCAAAAUUAUUGAGAGAGCUGAAAAAUCUGGACUCCCGUCAGUGCCGUGAAACACACAAAAUUGCAGUGUUUUAUAUCGCUGAAGGUCAAGAAGACAAGUGUUCAAUUCUCUCCAAUGAAAGAGGAAGCCAAGCAUAUGAAGACUUUGUUGCUGGACUUGGAUGGGAGGUGGAUCUGUCGACCCACUGUGGCUUCAUGGGUGGACUUCAGCGCAAUGGCAGCACAGGGCAGACUGCCCCUUACUAUGCUACCUCGACCGUGGAAGUGAUUUUCCACGUCUCUACUCGGAUGCCAUCAGACUCAGAUGAUUCACUCACCAAAAAGCUCCGUCACUUGGGAAAUGAUGAGGUCCACAUCGUCUGGUCCGAACACUCUAGAGACUACCGCAGGGGUAUUAUCCCAACCGCCUUUGGAGAUGUUUCAAUCAUUAUUUACCCAAUGAAGAAUCACAUGUUCUUUAUCGCAAUAACGAAGAAACCUGAGGUUCCGUUUUUUGGGCCUUUGUUUGAUGGAGCCAUAGUGAGUGGAAAGCUACUGCCAAGCCUUAUAUGUGCCACGUGCAUCAAUGCCAGCCGGGCCGUGAAGUGCCUCAUCCCACUCUACCAGAGCUUCUACGAAGAGCGAGCUCUGUACCUCGAAGCAAUAAUUCAGAACCACCGUGAAGUAAUGACAUUCGAGGAUUUCGCAGCCCAAGUCUUUUCUCCCUGUCCCAGCUACUCCCUCAGUGGAACGGAUUAAAAUUAAGAUCUCAUUCUAAUAUUGGAGCAAGGGACCUGGCUGCCAGCACGAGUGCCUACCUCUUGGUGCCUCUUGGUGAGGAGAUGGAUGAGACUUCCCCUAUUCCCCACGCUCCCCCCACCCCAAACAACCCCUCAAACCCAGAGACUCUGGGAAACAUGGCCACAAUGGUGAUAUCUUCAGCCAGUCUUCCCAUUCGUGGACUUCUGAAGAGAAGGGUGAAUCCCAUCAAAUGUUGCAAACUGGACUUUCAAACUUGGCAUUGGCAUCUUUCCCUGGAACCUCACAAAUCUUGCACUUCAAAAGAAUAAAAAGCCACCACCAACCAGAGACAGCCUUUCUCCCACACGGGCAUAUAGUUGUGGCUGCUCUGCACAGAGACUAAGAGAAGAUUUGGGGCUUUGGGAGGGGCAAAAGGUAGCAGGUUUCUGUACCCUAGUUGUUCUGCUCAUUUAUAAACCCCAGCAUGAUUCACAGAGGGACCAGCAAAACAACUGUCAAAUGAGGAAUUUUCUCUGCAUUCAUUUUGCUAGUUCUUCUUAUAUUAGGAUUUAUGAUUAACUCAAAAAUUUCAUCAUCAUGGAAAUUGGCUUUCCCCAGGGUCUUUUGCCCAGGAGAAGUUUUACCUCAGUUGCUGAGUGUUUUUCCACCUGGUGCCUGAUGCCCCCUAACUGGGGAGAGGCUUACCUGACCAUCCUGGAGGCCCUCCAGAUCACAAUGGUGAAACUCCUAUCGCAGAACACUCAGAUGAUUCUAGAAAUGCCGGGUCCCAUCCCUGAAAAAUCUCCGAUAGGUCAGGAGGCCUUCUGAGGCACAGGUCCACACUGCAGCAGGUGGAUACUCGAGUCACUGGCCAGCUGGGUGCUAGACAGUGACGGGCACCCUGUCCUGCCCAUCUGCCUGCAAGGCUUCACCCUAAGUUGUGCUCUGCUACCUGUUGCUCAGAGGGCCAUGACAGGGGCCUUAAAAAUAUUUCCCACUUUACAGAAUUUUAGGGCUACAGAUCCUAAGCUAGGGAUUUCCCCCAUUGGCUCCAAGGAAGGCGAGGAAGAGACUAAUCCUCCUAACCCUGGAGUGGAAAAAUUCAGCUGUCAGUAAUGAAUAACUUGACGUUCCUGUAAUCCUCGAUGAUUUUAACAACCCCACCACCCUACAUUACAGCCAGCAGCUUGGGGACUGGAGCCUUUUCUGAGCCCCACAGUUCUCUGUACCAGCGCAGGUUUGGGCACUUGGAAUGAGGGAGCAGGCAAUGACAACCAGCUUUGCUUGCAGUCACCUGGACUUGAAUUGUUUUUGUAUCUUGGGUGGAAAAACUGAAAUGAUCAGGGUUUGGCUUUUUUUUUUUUUUCACUUAGAAAAGCAAAUAUGUUUUUGUAAUAAAUGCCUUUCAGCAAAAUUGUGGAAGGGACCCACCUGAAUUACAGCGCUGACUCAUCACAUUAGUAAGCCUUCUGUAAACAGAAGUGGCCCUAAUUGGCCCAAAAUAGAUAAUACUGCCUGGUGUCCAGGCAGGGCCAGGAAGUUUCCUCUCCUCUCUGCCUGCUGAUUUGUGUCUAAAACAAAGCUGAUGUUCCAUUAUCACACUAGUAGGUCUUUUACUUAAACAAAAGAGUAAUUCCAUGAAAUGAUGACUUUUUAAGAAUAGUGAAACCUUUAGUAGACUGAGGGAGGAAAUGUAACCUGGGCAAAUGACUGUCCCAGUAUCUUUAUGUAGUUGGUUAACUGACUCUCAGUUCCUAAGAGCCACAGAGAAGGAGGGGGUUUAAGCCUUGACGUUGAGAGGGGGCUGACUAAUUGAACCCUUAGCCUUACAAACGAGAUCACUUGGAUCCGUAGACAAUGCAAAUCACAUCUUCCUGUUCUUCCUCAGGUGUCACCACCUGCACUUCACUUACUGUCAUAUUUGUAUCACCUGGAAGUUUAAGGGAUCCUUUAAAAUUGACUGUGAUGUCUUACAUGUAACUGUGUUACGUUCUAUCUACUGAAGGGGAAUGUCUGCACCUGAGGGAAGUUCAACAUGAAACAACCAUUAUUUUACUUGCACUCAAUAUCUAUGUAUGGCAUAUACAUUAAGUGAAUGUUACUUACGUUUUCAGGUCUGCAAUAUUUAGUACGUGUAAAUAGGGAAACAAAUUGAUAAAUAUGGUAAAUUAAGUUAUAGUGUUAUUUGAUUUUUAUUGUGCUAUCUGGUUAUUUAAUUUUCCUAAUGCUCCACACCUAGGUGUGUGCCUUGGUGGUAUUGACCUUCGUAUAACCCACCUUUGCAGGCAGGUGUGUGCCAGGCGAAGUGCAAAAUGCCGAAAAAGCACACCACUUUUCAUCUGACUCUCAGUUCUCUUUUUCUCUUUGACUCUAAUUACUGUGAUGAUUUAAUAAAGUAGAAACACAGCACUUAUGGCCGAAGUUUCUUUUCUUUUCUUUAUAGCUUGUAGGAAAAAUAAAGUUUUUCCUGUCAUCUGACCAAGAGUAGCUUGCAUUUUUAUCAAAUGAAGUUGUUCAAAAACAACUUUUUAAUCAAAGCCCAAAUAGUUAUUCAAAAUGGUAGUCAGCACCAAUCCAGGGAAAUUUACAAAUGUGCGCAUGCAAAAUUGACCUCUCCUGCUCAUCACACGGAAUGCUAAGAUCCUUUCACAAGGAAUUCAAGCAUUGUCUGCCUCACCUGUGUAAUUCUAUCCUUUCUUUGUGAUUACAUAACCAGGCUUGUGUCUCCUGCGGUUUCUCAAAGCCCAUCAUGAGCUCCAGCCCUGGUGAGCAAGAGGUAGACUUUGAGAGUUUGUCUUUGUGAAUAAAUGAUAGACAAGAUAUAAAAAUAGCCUCACAUUCUGAUGUCCUGGCCCGGUGGCCUCUGGGCUUCUCCUAUGCUCUGGAUGGCUGUGGACUUUUAGGACAUUAAACAACUGAGAUUUCUAAAAAGCACCCAUUUGUCCAUUUAGCAAAUAUUUAAGUAUUUCCAAAACAGGGGCUUUCCUGGUGGUGCAAGGGGUUAGGUCUCAGCACUAUGAAGCUAUCAGCAGCCACUGCAGCAUGAGUUCGAUCUCCAGCCAGGGAGCUACCCACAUGGCACAGCAGACCUCUCCUGUCUCACCCACUGCUCCCCUCAGCACUGUAUUUCAGUCAAUCUGCCUGUUCUACUCCCCACUCUGCCUCUGGUGAAUCCUCUCUCACCCCCCCCCAACACCUCUGGCCUACACCCCAGUUCUUAUAUGCAUAAAUAAAUAAAAUAAAUCUUUAAAAUAAGUACUUCCAAAAUAUUUCAGUUCUCUCAGAAAGUUCCAGGUGCCUCCUUGGAAGCCAAAUAGAACCUGAAUACAUUUGGUAGUUUUUAACUUUUGACUGGUAGCAAGAACUUGCUACAAGGUAUGUCAUACUUUUAAUACUUGGUUCCUCGGGGGGUAAAACUUGAGGCGGAAUUUUAGCUCUGCUUUGACUGGAAGCAGUAGUUCCCAAUUGUGUGCAUCAGAAUCCUUCAGGAAGGCUUACAAGAUUCCUGCCCCACCCCUCUCCUAGCUUCUGACCUACCAGGUCUUUGGCAGAACCUCAGCAUCUGUAUUUCUUAACCCUCCCCCUGUUGGGAAUUCUGACCUGCAGAUUGAUUCUGAUUGAGAGGCUUGGCCCGACUCCAUCAUGAUGCUUUGGACAACCCUUCCCUCUCAUCCAGUCUUACGAGUCUACCCUGGAGUGAAGGGAACACCAGAGGAAGACUUGGAGGUGUCUACACCUACUCUGCUGUUGGGUCCUGUCCUCCCCCACAGUGAGUCCACUUUUUACAGGUCCUAUUCCCUCCAGGAUAAAUUAUGGCUUCUUUUCAGGCCUGGAAAUAGUCGUUUGAAUAUCAAAGGAUAUGGUUUUGUAAGUCUCUUAAAACAGUGUAUUUUCUCAUAUAUAACAAAGAUGGGGGGGAGGUCUCCUUAUCAUCCUAAUUCCUGUAAGUAAUCUAGGUCUUCAAAAACUAUUUAUCAAAUCUUAGGUCAUAUCUUACAAGACCUUCAGCAGAAUUCCAAAAAGAAUCCAACUUCCAUUGGUUCCAAAAGAAUGACUACCACAUUCUUCUCCAGCUUUCUUGACUUAUAAGGGGUGCAGAAUUGGAAGAAAGAAUACCCUCAAGGCACCUCUUGGCUAUAGUAUAAUUCUCUAAAUAUUCCAGGAAAAAUACUGGUGUGUUUGCUGCAGUAAAGACUAUUUCUCAGUGAUAAGACUCGGACAUUUGUAUUUACUCACCUCUGUACACAUUUGAGCUAGCAUUAUGGUCUGUGUAUGUGAAUAAAAUAAAUUGAGGCUGCUUUGAUUUGCUAAACAGUUAUGUCAAGAGGACCUAUUAUCAUUUUCUCUUCUACAAAUGGAAAUCAUUUUAAUUGCCUUUCAUUUUUCAAAUCAGAAAGCAAACAUAUGGAAAUAGAAGGGGCAGCAAACUGCAUCCCCGUGUGACUGGUUUACCUGCAGCAGAGAGGUCGUCCUGCAUGCCACCCACCAAAUUCGGACCAAAACCCAGGACUAACCAUAGUGGCUCACUGGCUUCACAGCUCGAAAGUGGCACUCCCGGCAGGAGCUGAGUUUCCUGGGCUCCACUUCAUGACUACACCGCUAUUUAGAAGCAGUCACAGAUCUUAACCAGCUCUCGUACUGUUUGUUGAAAUUGUAGUUCUGUGUUCCUCCUGGCCACUGUGAAGUUUUCCCUAAGGUUAACUUCAAAGUCGCUUUGGCCCUCUUCUCACAUGGGCCAGACAUAGCAGGUGCCAGGGUCUUCUAAUGUCAGGAAACUUGUAACAGGAGACUCAGCUACUCUCCCUGGGGCAAAAAAGAGGGUGCUAGAAUUGAUUUUGUCUUGACUCCAGAAACCACUGGAUAACACAUGUCUGUAAAGAUAUUGCUCAUCUGUAGACCUAGAAAUCAGAUUCUGAAGCAAAGACCCUGCGGCAAGGCAGGCAACACAUAAUUGGUGGUGUCGAUGUGGGGGCCAGCUUGCAACACGGCCGAGCACCCCCCUUCUCUCUGCAUAUACGGAUCCACAGAGGGAUUUAGCCCCUGCUACUGGUUGGCUGAAAUUUUUUGUUCAUUUAUGUUUUAUUUUUUUUUUGAAGUGGAAGAGAAAGGAAGUGAAGGCACAGCUAUCCUUCGGUGCCAUGAGGACUGCCAUUGAGUGGAGUGAAAAGAGACUUGCACUCAACACCAAGGUCAGGGGCUCUUAGUUUGUGCCUACUGCAGCUUGAACGACAUUAUCGCCCCCUGAUAAUGGGACAAAAACAGCUGACAACCCAGGGAGUCAGGGACAUCUUAAAUAAUAAUAUCUCUGCGCCCAAAUAUACUCUCCAGAACAAUCAAAGAGCAGCAAUAAUAAUGGCAGGAACUCAGAACUGAUGCCCUCUGAAUAAUACAAUAGAAUUUACUGGAAUUUGGA